AUGGCGCCCAGGAAGAGAGUUAUUCGUACUCAGACUGCCAGAGUUGCUAGAGAGGCUGAGGAUGAGCAUGUCCAGCCUGCAGUUCCGCAGCAGGCGGCUCCGCCUAUUGAUCAGGAUGCUUUGAGACAUAUGGUUCAGGAUGCGGCUAGGCAGGCUGCACAGGAGACAGUCCAGCAAGCUGCCCAGGAGGCUGCCCGAAUAGCUGCUCAGGAGGUUGCCAGACAGAUGGCUGCAGUACAGCAGGGUCCGCAGAUUCGCAUGCAGCAGGCUCCACCAGUUCAGGUUCAGCAUUAUCAUCAGGUUCCACAUCAGCCGGCUCCAGUCCAGCAGUACCCUCAGGUUCCUGUUCAGCCGGUUCCAGGAGUUUUUCAGGUUCCACCGCCGCCACCUGCUUUCCCAGUUCAGGUGCCCGAGGUUGAUGAGACAUUUAUCAGGGUGUUGGGACAGAUGAAGUAUGUGAGUUUGGAGCAUUUCACUGGAACGACGGAACCUACAGUUGCUCACGAUUGGAAGCACAAUUUGGAUAAGUGUUUGAAGACCAUCUCGUGCCCACCAAGGCUCAAGCUAAACAUCGCUGAGUUGUAUUUGCGCGGAGAUGCAUCAAUCUGGUGGGAUGGAGUGAGAUUGAUGCACCGUGGCGAGCUGACAUAUGAUGAUUUUCUUUACGCGUUCAACAAGAAGUAUUUUCCGAGGGAAGCUUUGCAUGAGAAGAAGAAUGAUUUCGAGCAUUUGAGGCAGGGUGCAAAGUCUGUCAGGGAGUAUGAGCGGGAGUUUAACCAGCUCCGCAGAUUUGUGGGUAACAACAUAGAUGAGGAGGAUCUGAUCAGGAGGUUCUUAGAUGGGAUGCGAGUAGAGCUUCGUGGUAGGUGCAGUGUGGUUACCUACACCAGUUUGGAGGAUCUGGUAGAGAAGGCGGCUGUGCAGGAGAAAUGUAUGGGUGAGGAGCAGAAGUUCUCCAAAGCAGUUCAGCCUAAGGCAGGAGGGGCUUCGGGGUCGCAGAAGAGGCCUUGGGAGCAGACUGUAGCACCCCGUUGUGGGCGUUGUCGUCGCCAGCAUUUUGGAGAGUGUCUCCAGUGCUUUAACUGUGGUCUGGUUGGGCAUAUCUCGAAGAAUUGUAGGAAGCCGCCACGUACUCAGGUUGCAGCGCCAGCAGCAGCAGUAGCACCAGCAGUGGCAGCGAGGAACUGUUACGGCUGCAACCAGCCGGGUCACAUCUACAGAGAUUGUCCGAGGAGAGGCAAUGCAGCGCUUCCACCACCACCGAAGCGUCCAGCCAUCGCUCCACGGGUCUUUACAGUUGGAGAUCCCCAGGGAGUUGAACCGAUAGCGGGAUCGGUUUCGGUUGGAGGAAAGUCAGCUCACACUUUAUUCGACACGGGAGCCUCUAAUAGUUUUGUGAGUCCACGCUUAGCCCAGUCUUGGCCUUUUCGGGGUGUCUUCGAACCGAAGGCUAAGAAGAUUCAGACUGCCGGCACGGAGAAGUUGGGAGCAGUCGGCAUUCAUCGCAAUGUACCAGUUUUCUUGGAGGAGUUGAGUUUCUCGGAGAUUUGA